UGGUAUCGUCCCGAGGCUUAAUGGAUACGGGAACUGCUCGACAACCUACAAUGAACACUGAAUCCUGUUUUGGUACAUUGUGACAUUGUCAAGACUAGCAACGUCUAUCAGGCGUCAGGAAGCAACUUGAAACACAAGGACCCUAUACCACCCGGUAUGACUAUAGCCCUCGUUACGGGAGCCUCGCGAGGGAUCGGAAAAGCCAUCGCUCUGCAACUAGCAGAUGAUGGCAUGGACGUGGCGGUCAACGACAUUCAGACGCAGCUGGAGGACCUCGAGGCAGUGAAGACCGCCAUAGAACAGAAAGGACGACGUUCAAUUUGUGUUGUUGCCGAUGUCAGCAAAGAAGACGAAGUCAUCAACAUGGUCGAAUCUACGGUCAAGCAGCUCGGAGAACUCAAUGUCAUGAUCGCCAACGCCGGUAUCAUCGUGGCCAAAACCAUGUUUGAAAUCAGUGUCGAGGAGUGGGACCGAGUCCAGGCGGUCAACGUUCGAGGAGCAUUCCUCUGCUAUCGCGAAGCGGGGAGACAGAUGAUCAAGCAAGGAAAAGGGGGCAAGAUCGUGGGGGCCUGCUCAACGGCAGGACACAGACCGUCUGGCAAUACAUUCGCGUAUGGAGUGAGUAAAUGGGCAGUUCGAGGCUUGACGCAAUCUGCCGCUCUGGAGCUGGCGAAGCAUGAUAUCAAUGUCAACGCCUAUUGUCCUGGCCCAGUCGAUACAGCGAUGUGGGGAGAAAUUGACGCGAGCAUACAACGACGGGAGGGUCUCGCUCCACGGGUUGCCUUUGAACAAUCUAUCCAGUCGAGGGUCGCAUUGAAAAGAGCAUCGGAACCAGAAGAUAUCGCUGGCUUGGUCAGUUUCCUCGCCAGCCCGAAAUCUCGAAACAUCACAGGCCAGAGUAUUCUUGUAGACGGAGGUAUUUCGUUCUCCUGAGUUUAACUAAGGCAAUAGCUCGCCUCAGGUCAGCCGUACCAGUGGCAGCAUGGCACUGUCAUUUGUGCCCUCCGUGGCGCAUUUAUGUAGCUCAAAUUUCAGACAUCUAUUGG